GUGAUAGAAACUUUGUGCGGUUUGGAUGCACUUGAAAUCGUCAAUCUUCUGAAGAUACGUGACCAGAAAACUCGACAAGUGGUAACUGAGCUUAAGCGUAAACUUCGAGACGAAGUUUGUGGCAGUUUCACGCUGAAACGUUUCCCAGAACUGGCGGGUGAUGCCGAAAAAGUGGUGAUAAUCGAUUAUCAGCCAGGUUUUGAUCCUGACCUGAUCUCGAAAUGGAAGGGGCGUCGGCUGUUGCAAAAACGACCACGUCCUGCCAAUCAAUAAUGACAGUGAUCUAUGCUCUUGUUUCAGCAUCGGUUUGUUUUUCUUCAUUCUCAAAAGUAGCGGUAUUUCCGCAAGUGAGAGUUUUUCCAGAUUUUUGUACGCCGAAUUUUUUUUUAUGCUGUUUGGAGCGUUCGGAAACAAGUCUUACGGGUUUUCUUUUGAAAUUUCAUUAGAGCUUUGUGAUUUAGAUGAAGAGAAACCAAACUUUUUUUUUAUUUAUUGCAGGGGAAGUUGAUAUUAAAAAAUAAUGGAAAUGCAGCGAAUGUUCGUGAGUGAGACAGAGUUGGAGGAGAAGCGGAAGAAGAGGCAGGAAGAGUGGACUAAGGUCCGGAC